ACUCUUCGUCACCAUAUGGAGUCAAAGCAUGAGGGCAAAUAUUGGAAUCACAUCGAGCUCAAAAAGCUCAAGUCAAUGCUUCCGAAGGACCGAGAGAAGGAGCGUGUAGCGCUCGCUGCUGAGAAAGAGCGCAAUAAGCAGUUGCAACUCGACCCGCACCUGAAAGAGAUGCCGAAGAAAGAGCGUGUUAUUGCAUAUACGCAUCAGGUCUUCCGACGGGCUGCCAUAGAGUGGCUGGUUGCCACCGGGCAGCCUUUAUCUGCGCUCGAACACGAGUCUUUCAAGAAGAUGAUCAACAUUGCUUCUCAGGCACGAGACGGUGUUGAAAUCCUCUCACGCAAGGUUGCGCGACAGGAGAUCAUCGCCAUGUUUAAGGAGUAUAUGCGCAACCUGAAAGCGAAGUUGAAUGUGAGUUUACAUAGGCUAAUUUAG